AUGUUAAGAUGUCAGCCGAUAGCGAUGUUUGCUGCUCAACACAAAGGCAAUCAUCAGAAGGAUUGCAGAGGAACAUAUCAAUUGAUAUAGCAAAUCUCUAUUUCCGUUCACGCCACGUUUUUUGAGAUCGUUUGAGAGAGUGUCCUGAUGGAAAGUUUCAGGAAACAAAGGUACUUCUGAAUUCAACAUGCUCGAUUGCGCCGAAUAUAUUUAAAGUUUAACAUCCUUUCUUCUAUUUAAGGUAUUGGUUUUUUCUGGAAGAAACUACAUCUACUAGACUUAUAAUAAAUUAGUUUUGCUGGAGCUUUAGACUUCGGAAGCACGACAUUACGCGGUAUUUUACUCAAAAAAGAGAGGUAGCAGAAACCAAUCUUUUCACCCAGAAUAGAAAAGAAAAAAGGAAAAUCUAUCGAGUGAAUGCAUUUUACGAGUCAGGUUAACAAGCCACGAGAUGACGGGGAUAAAAAUACUACCAAAAAAACAGUAGGGUCCUUUUAACUUCAGUUCUUGAGGAAAAUUCUGGUUCAGACAUUAAAAUUGUUUACCUUGCCUUCAGGUGAUAUUAUUGAUAUAAGACUAUUGCAUUAAGUGGAAUUCAUGAAAUUAACAUGUUGUGUUAAUUGUUCGGAAACCGUUUUAUCUUAGUUUCAGUAAGGAAGCCAGGACCUCCCUUAAAUUAAUAGGAAGUCAUAAAAUAAGUUCAUAUCAGAAAGUCAAAGCCUCCAUCGUCAUAAUUAUUGCCUGAACAACAAUUGUACCCUUCUCUAGGCGAAGACUGAACCCUAAAGGUGAGUUUUUCUUCACACGAAAACCGUGAUGGAAAUCAAUCUGGCGAAAUUUUUCCAAUUAGCAAACAAACGUAAAUUAAGCACGGUUUCAGCCUAAGUACCGAAUAGCCAGUACAAAAAGUGAGCUUUGAUUGUGAUGUAAGUACACGGCAGAAUGUUUCUGUUGUAAUGAUAUUUGAUAAAGCCUGUCAGUCGGUUUCACAACAUCACUAAAAACAUAGAAAAACGUUAUUUUGUGGAAUGAAAUAAUAGGCUAAGGGAUUCAGCAGUUAUUUUAAGCAGUUUAAGUGGUGAGUCCCUGAACCCUUUGACUCCCAGGAAUGAUCAAGAAAGAAUUUCUCCCAUCAAUAUCAAUACAAUAUCAAGCAGAAAGGAGAUGAAAAUUAAAAAAUAUAUAUAUAUAAACUAAGGGGUAAGUAGUUGAUCCAAUACUAAAUUCUUCGAACUACCAGUAUAUGAAUGGAAAGGCAGACUGUGAGAAUUACUAAUGCGAUCUUUGGAGUUAGAGUUAUAUUCCCUUCUGAGAUUCUCUUUAGCCGUAUUGAAUGCAACUGUAUCCAGCUCUGAGCAUUUAAAUGGAACGAAAAUCUACCAUGCCAAAUCUUUCUAUCAGCUACGCUGAGGGACAUGGACAGAUGUACUUAACCCACUACUUUGAUUGAGGACGCUGUGCAACAGCCUGGAUUUGUGAAUACAGGGUAUCACAUUGUGGAAAACAUCCAGUACUGAGGGUGGGUGGUACCUGGAACAACUCGAACAAAUUGGAAAGCAAUCUAAGGGGCCAUUCGAAUAUUCUUUUCCAUAUGUUAUGAUUAAUUAUUAUAAUUAUCAUGAGAUUGGUUACGUAACAAGCUGAUCACAAAAUUCAAGACAUCCCUUUUUUUUCCUAGGUUGUCAACUGAAAGCCAUGAAUAAUACAAGUCAUUCUAACACCACUCUUGGCGAAGAAGAAUUCGAUGAUGGGCACGGCGAAAACUUGAAAGAGGUCGAUAGAAUAAUUAUGAUCGGUGCAUACGCCUUUAUUUGUCUGUUUUCGCUGGUGGGAAACUCGCUUAUCUUACAUCUCGUGCGCACCCGCAACAACAUUCGAAAGAACGCAUUUAACUGGCUUCUCUUCAACACGGCUGUUGCUGAUCUCCUGGAUGUGACAACUUCCACUGCCUUCACGUUGCCAGUUUUCUUCUGUGGAGACUGCUGGAUAUCAGGGGUUGUAGGGUCCAUCCUAUGCAAACUCACUCCUUUCCUGUCUGUCGUCUCCAUCUGUGUGUCCAUCUGGACUCUCACUGUCAUUGCCGCUGACCGGUAUUUGGCUAUCGUGUGUAUCCGAAGAAGGCCGUUAUCACCUCGAUCGGUGGUGCGCUCUAUAGUCAUCGUGUGGUUGCUUGCAAGCUUGAUAUUUAGUGGGGAACUUCCCAAACAUAAAUUGAUAGAGGAAGAAGGUGAAUCUGCCGAGUGUACCACUGAAUGGCACGAAAACAAAGAGCUCGCACAAAUUUUCGAGGAAGCAGAUAUGAUCGGUAAAGUCGUCCUCACUUAUGCAAUACCACUUUUUAUAAUGGCGGUCUUGUACUCGUCAAUUGCAUACUUCCUGUGGAAACAAAGACCACCUGGAACUGUCAAUCAAGAAGCGUAUACCAGGCAAAAGAAGAAGCGCAAUGCAAUCAUUAAGAUGUUGCUUAUGGCAGUUGCCGUGUUCGCCAUUUGCUGGCUUCCUGCACAUGUCGCCCACAUAAUGACAAUCUUUUAUGGUGACAUUUACGAGAAUAUUCCCAUAGUUGUCCUUGGGCUGUUUUUCUGGUUUGCGCAUGCCAAUGCAGCAAUUCAUCCCUGGCUAUUCAUUGCCUUUAGCGAAAAUCUGCGGAGUGAAGUGAAAGGAAUCUUUUACUAUUUAAGAAAAAGAGGCCCUUUUAAGAAAACUCAGUCAAGAACCUCGUCACAGCCAAGUUUGAUUACAAAUGUUGAGUUGGCGGGUUCCCGAGAAAUCGCUCAAUCUCGAUCUCCCGUCAACAUCAGCACAAUCAGUUUGGAUACCAGAUUGUGA